GCCUCCGUCCCUCCCUCCAGCGCUCCUUCCCAGCGCCGGUUGUCAGAGCCCCGGGCUGGGCGCUCAUGGAAUCGCCGCGAUGUUCGCUCCCCGGCUCCUGGAUUUCCAGAAGACGAAGUACGCGAGGUUCAUGAACCACCGAGUCCCCGCCCACAAGAGGUACCAGCCCACGGAGUACGAACAUGCGGCCAACUGUGCCACCCAUGCUCUCUGGAUCAUCCCCAGCAUCCUUGGUAGCUCCAACCUCUAUUUCCUGUCGGACGAUGACUGGGAGACCAUCUCGGCCUGGAUCUACGGCCUCGGCCUCUGUGGGCUGUUUGUGGUGUCCACUGUGUUUCACACCAUCUCCUGGAAGAAGAGACAUCUCAGGAUGGUGGAACAUUGCCUGCACAUGUUCGACCGAAUGGUCAUCUACUUCUUCAUAGCGGCCUCCUAUGCGCCCUGGCUGAACCUUCGGGAGCUGGGCCCCUGGGCCUCGCAUAUGCGUUGGCUGGUCUGGAUCAUGGCCUCCGUGGGCACCGUCUACGUCUUCUUCUUCCACGAGCGGUACAAGCUCGUGGAACUGCUCUGCUACAUCGUCAUGGGCUUCUUUCCUGCCCUGGUCAUCCUUUCAAUGCCCAACACCGAGGGCAUCUGGGAGCUGAUGACCGGAGGGGUGUUUUACUGCUUGGGCAUGGUGUUCUUCAAGAGUGACGGCAGGAUCCCCUUUGCCCACGCCAUCUGGCACCUCUUUGUGGCGUUUGGUGCUGGCACCCACUACUAUGCCAUUUGGAGGUACCUCUAUCUGCCCAGCACCCUGCAGACCAAGGUGUCCAAAUGAGGUGGCCCAGACUGCAUGGGGCAGAGCAUCAUGGGAAGUCUUUCUGUGAAUGGUGGCGCAGAGCGCAGUACCCAGGCCCGUCUGCGUGUCCGGGGGCAGAGCUUUUGAUGGGUCUAAGGCUACUUCUGGUUGGUGACAGCCAGAAUGUCUUUGGGGUCCCAGGUGAGAAAGCAAGCAUGUAACCAUAUUUACAGAGGAGAAGUUAACCCUGUAACGUGUUUCUAUUCUAGGCAAGCAUUUCCUAAUACAGCCAACAUUAACAUCUUCAGAAAAGGGGGCAGAUGUUGUCCUGGAAAACGGGGGACCCUGAGCCAGUACGUGCUCCUGAAGGUCCUCAGACAUCUGUUGGGGAGUCAGUGGAUUGUUUGUUCCCCGCUGGCCAGGGCUGCCUCUGCUACAAAAGUCCUGGCUGAAGAAUUGCGCCCUGUUCAGGGGGGUCACCCAGCUUGUAGAUCAGGGAUGGUGAAUAUCUGUGACCACAGCAGACAUUACCAAUCAACUGUAGCAUGGUGCGUUAUCAGAAUUCCUCUCUGGGUGGUGGUCUGGGCAGCCAUUACCUAUCGACUCAGCACUCAUGAUGGCACCUCUUAGCCUUUCCUGCCUGGCGUGCCCUGCGGGAGGGCGUGGCCAGGCCAGUUACGUGUCUCCCAGCGGGGGAGUAUGCUUAUCUCCUGCCCUUGCUCUCCUUUGCCCCUUUUGGGGAAGCCCGUGGAGCGGGUAGUCUGGGGGCAGUAAAGGGAAACUGAGGUGGACAGCCCGAGCAGCCCCGCACCUGGUGCUCUACCAUAGCUGGUUCUCAAUGCAGAGAACCUCAGGGCAGAGAUUUUCUUAUGCUAACAAAUCCAGAGAAAUAAUCAGCCUGUUGUUGGCGGGCGGCGGAUGGAGGGCAAGCAGAUGCCGGAACUUGCUGGCCCACUCCAGGUUUAGGGCUUGUGAUGCUGAUGUUUGGUGAUUCUUGCUUGUUGCCAAUCCACGCCCUGAGAGGGCCUCUGAUGAGCCCAGGGGGACAGCCUUGCUGGUUCCAUAGGGAUCUGGGCAGAGUGUACCAGUGCUGGGGUCUCCCACCUCUGGACCCCCAGCAGCCCAGUGACACGGCAUCCCGGGACCUGUCCUCUGCGUCCUCCAGGGGCUGGGCCAGCCACUCUGUACCUGGCCCGUGGACACUUACUGGGGAGAGGAUCCAGACCCAGCGCCUGAUCCGAAUGGGAAUCCCAGAAUCUCUGGGUCCAACAUCUGUCUCAAGGGAGACGGGCCUCAGUCUGCGACUCCCAGAGUUGGGUGGGCAAAGACAGGAUGCCUUAUGCAUAGUUUUAGUACAUUCCAGGGUAUUUCAGGGUCCUCACAUCUGGAAUCCCAUGUGCUGAAGCUGGUUUUAAAUCAUCCAACACAUUCCUCAGACAGAUGGGUUCUGAGCUGGCAGAUGCUUGGGGGUAAGUUUUUCCUCUUGUGCCUGUGCACGUGCGCGUGCAUGUCUGUGUGUCUGCAUUGGGCCUCCCGGCCUCUGGAAGUGGCCUUCAUCUGGUCUGCUCGCCAUCAGUUGGGGUCAGGGUUGGAGGUUGGGGAGGAGGAGAGGAAGCUUGGGGGAGAGAGGGGCUCGUGUUUGCUCUGGGAAGCCGAUCAGGAAACCUCCCAAAUCAAGACCAUGGGCACCGUGCCAAACUCACCUGAACGUCCUAUCACUGAGGUGCUGAUGGCAGCCACAGCCCUGUUCGAGGACCAGGGCUGGCUGCCUGGGACCUGGGACUCCAGCGGUUGUGUAGCCUCCCCCUUGAUGCCCCACACCUUUUGAGGCGCUGGUUCACCCAUCCAUCCCCCUAUCUCGUUCCUACUCCUUCAAAGCCCUGCUCAGGUGUCAGGAUCGAGGGACUUCUGGCCUUCCUCUGACUUGGGGGCUCCCGCCUGCUUCCCACACCUCCCUGUGCUCACCAGUACCACGGCUCGGAGCUCCUUAAGGGAGGCACAACAUCCUGCUGGACCUGAUAUCAAAUUUGGCAUCUUCUGUUUGUAAGGGCUUGGGCCAGUUCCUUAACUUGUCUGUGCAUCAGUGUCCGCAGCUAUAAGAUGGGUAUGGUAAGGCGGCACCUGCUUGAAGAUUCAGUAGGAUCAUGAAUGUUAAACUUAUAGCCUCGUAUCCUAAGUAGCUCCCCUAGUUGUCCACUUGGGAAGCGACCUGUGAUAGUGAAGAUGACACUCUUCCGGGAGUGUCAGCGGCACUAGUCAGAGGAAUAAAUCACUAAUGGUGGAAUUUCUGACUGUGGACAGGCCGGUGGGGACACUGUUCUGUAGGGCAUUGACUACAUUCCUUCCCCUUGCUCCACUCCAGGAUGUUUCCCAUGAACCCUUUCUCUUCCUCAGCAUUCUUGUGAAAGUGAGUUUCCCAACAUUCCAUGUCACCCAAACUCAGACCCUGGACUUCUUCCAAAAUGCGUCACAAACAGUGCAGGAGAGGAAAAGAUGCUCAGGCCAUUCCCUCCUGCGGGUAACCAUUCUAGUCUGUGCAUUGGACAUGCACCAAAGGGUGGGACACCAGGACACUGGAAAUUUGGAUGCCGGCUCCUUCUCCCUGUCACCCUUGAGGCUGUUAUAUGCCAGGACGACCCAGCAAAGUGGCCGUCAUGCCCCCAGGAUCUGGGGAGGUGGUUGGCAGGCCUCUUGGACAUUCAGGGAGAUUUGGCCAUUCUGAGUUAGGCAGGCACUGCAGGGGUGGGGCGAGGUGGGGAGCUGGUGAGAAGUGAGGAUGAGCGCAGCUUCAGGAGGCUC